CACCUAUGCGACUUCUCUUCCUGGUUGAGUUCACACGCUUGAUCUGUGCCGUUCGGGCUGCUCCGCGCUUUCUUUCGCAGUUCAAGAAAAAAUAAAAUCAUGGCCAAAGACAUCUCUUUGACAAACCCAGGGAAAAGGAAGAAAUCGAGUUCAAAUGUCCCUCUUCAUGAGGAAGAAAUGCGGGAGACUAAAGUAAAAAAGAAGAAGAAAAAGAUGGAAGUAGAGGAGGCUCCAGUGGUUCCUCAGGCGACCGUCACAACCAGGAAUGGAAAACAGAAGAAAAUGAAGAAGACAAAGCAAACUGAGGCACCGGAGCUGGAGGGAGAGGAGGACUUGAGCCCCGAGGAGAAACGAGUUCUGGAGAGGAAGAUGAAGAAGGUCCUUAACAAGGAAGCGAAGAAGCAGCUUAAAACUGAGGGAGAAACCGUCGAGAAAUCUGAAGCAUCUGCACCCAUUGCACCUCAGCAGGCCUUGGACUACCUCAAAUGCUGGUCUAAAAAACGCACAGAGUGGAAGUUCCAGAAGACCCGGCAGACGUGGCUCCUGCAGCACAUGUUUGACUCUGCUCAGAUUCCAGAUAAGAAUUUCUCCGUCCUGCUCGAGUACAUGGAAGGGCUUCAAGGGGGCGCCAAAGACGUCUCAGUCCAGAAGGCCUUAGCCCUGGUGGAAGAGUCCGGAAAAGCACCUGAAGACGGAGAUCUGCAGCAGAGGGCGCACCGAGCAAGAGAAGUCAUCCAGCUGCUCUCCUGAACCAUCUCAAGAAGACGAGUCCACUGGAGACAGACUGACCGAGGACCCGGGCCCCAGCUGAGACUGAACAUGUUGUAUAUGUGGCGUUUUAACUCUUUAGGGAAUAGAUGCUUUCUCAUCAAAUAGUCUGUCUAGGUUACUUUCUGUUCUCUAUUCCGUGCAUCCAUUGUUGCCUGUAGUCGUCAGAAUAAUUUGAAUGUUAAAAGUAUUUAUUUUUUAUUCCAAGUUACACAGCUACUUUUUCAACCUCCAAAUGUAAUUAAUUCCAGUUUCAGCUCUGAUGAGCAGCGAGGCCACAGGAAGCUGAGACUGUUGGAGGAAGACGCUUCAGGAAUGUGUGUCGACAUGUCUGUGCAUGUCGACGCCCAGAAUAUGUAAAGUGGCUGAUCAGAAUAACUUCAUCCACUCCAGGCAUCAGCAGGAUGGUGUAUCCUUCCUACAGAGUCUUCACAACAGUUUGUAGGGACUCUAUUUUCUCUUGAAGUUUGUAAACCUAAUGAAGCAUAAAUACAUUCAACUAUUCCCUCUCAACUUAUAACAAAAGUAUUUCUCAAUAUCUUGCAUGUUGACAGUUUGAUUAAAAAGAAAAUUAAUCUACGAAAG